AUGUCUGGAGAUGUCGAAGCUCGCGGGGGCAUCUUGUCCUCGAAGACUGGUAUCAUAAGCCCGGCAGAAGUGACUGUCUAUCACCCAGCAGCAUACGAAGCAAUGGACGGUCCAGGGAACCAGAACACCCGCUCGGACUGGUAUGACCUAUUAUUCCCCCGUAUAUCGUCUAUCUUUACACGGGACCGUGCACUGCACAACACCAGGCGCAGGAUCUGGACGCGUGCCACGAGCAGUAGUGCAAUUCGACAAUACCAACACCGCAUCGUACAGAAGGUGCACAAGCUCAAGUGUCUCAUUCUUGCACAGCAGCACCAGCCCAUUCUCGUGAAUGAGCUCAUGUAUUGGUUCGCGUUUGACUCCAUGGGUGACUUUGCAUUCAGCAUAAAUUUUGGAAUGAUGGAGAACCAGGAAUGGCAUCGCUGUAUCCUGCUGUUUCGUCCAGCUAUCUGGAUUCCACGUCUCGCGUUCACAAUCGUGCCGGGUUUGUGGUGGGCGAAGUGGUGGUUCCAGAUGCUGGCCUUUUGCGAUCAAUGCAUGGAACAACGGAUGUGUCGGACCAUCCAGGAUAAGGACAUCGCUUCUUUCUUCAUUGAAGAUCAUUUCACCAGCGCCGAUCAGCGCCGAGAGCAAUGGCUGAGUGGUGACACUGCCACUCUCGUGGUUGCAGGCAGUGACACUAAUGCACCUACCCUCACACACCUGUUCUAUUUUCUGGCUCGCUACCCGGAGCAUACUGAACGGAUUUACCAGGAGCUGAGAAGUCUUACAUCCACAGAGGAUGCAGUGGGGUUAUCCAAGCUCUCUCACCUGAACGGGGUCAUCAAUGAAACCCUGCGGUUGCUUCCAGCCGUCCCGACGUUUGGUACGCGGGUUACUCCACCGGAAGGCUUGAUGAUUGCCGGAACGUUUAUCCCAGGCGGGACCAAAAUCUGUGCCCCCCGUUAUACUAUUGGGCGAUUGGAGUCGGCAUACGAACGGCCCAAUGAGUUUAUCCCUGAGCGUUGGUACUGCCAAGAGGAAUUGGUUCGCGACCGACGAGCGUUUGCACCAUUUGGUAUUGGUAAUACCAGCUGCGUGGGAAAAAACCUGGCGCUGACACAAAUUCGGCUUGUAGUAGCAUCACUGGUGAUGCAGUAUCGGAUAUCCUUUGCCGCGGCCAGUCCUAAUGGCGAACAAGUGGAAAGAGACCUGAAGGAUCAGCUUACUGCCAAUCCAGGACCGUGUUGGUUAGAGUUCAGCCCAAGGAAUUAG